ACGGCGGCGUUGGCGCUGCGCUUCGACAAGCCCAUCAAGCAGGCCUUCUACAACACGGGGGCCGUGCUGUUCGUGUGCCUUUGCUGCGGCGCCGCGGUGCUGGUCUAUUUCAUCCUGGAGGCCUUCCUGCGGCCGCUGCUGUGGGCAGUGCUGUGCGGGACCUUCUUGCACCCCUUCAAGAGCUCGCUGACCCGCCUGGGCCGCCACUGGCUGCACCGGCUGCACCGCGCGCAUACGCCCAUCGUGCUGGCCGCGCUGCUGCUGCCGCUCUGCUUCGCCGACUACGGCGUGGAGGUCCUGGGCGAGCAGGCGCUGCGCCGCCGCCGCCUGCUGCUGCUGCUGGGCGCGGGCGGCCCGCUCCUGUACGGCCUCUACUGCCUCGGCAGCUACCUGGGCGUGCAGGUGCUGCUGGCGCACGCCGGCGCGCUCAUCUGUCGCGGAUUGGACUACUUCAGCAGCCUGUGGAUCUGGACAUUGGUAGUUGGCUAUGUGUUGGCUGUUUCGUUCAAGUGGAAUGCAAGCACUGAGCGCUACUUGAGAGCAGUUUCAAUUCCUGUCUGGAUUAUAUUGCUUUUUCACAUAGGGGCAGAGUUAUCCGGGCACGUUAUCUCCAUGGCCGCCUCUACCCUUGCUACCUUGGCCAUCUCCAUCACCGGGUAUGAGUCAAGCGGUGAAGACCAGCCUUCGCCUCAGCCUGCAGAAACCGCGGACAGGGGAGACCCCCCUCCACCUGUUUCCUCAUCUUCUUCAGCAUCCACCCCUUCACCCACGCUGGGCAGAGCAAAAGCCGAAAUUGGAACCUUUCUCAGGAAGAAGAAAACCAGCGACAUCUACUUUGUGUGCCUCGUCUGGGCUUUCACUGCUGUCCAGCUCUGGUCGAACCUGUGGAUCGUGCAGUUACUGCCCGUGCCCAUUGCAGUCUGGAUACUCAAAAAGCUUGUUAUCCACUUUGGAGUUGUGAACUUCCUGGAGAAACGCUGCUACGGGUGGUGGCAGGUUAUAGAGCACUUUCUAAAGGAGCGGCAGGAAGCGCUAGCACCUUGGCCAAUCAUCGGGCUUGGAAAAUUCCUGCUAAAAGUUGAUAGCAAGCUCUGGCACUGGCUAAAUAAGAAGAUGAUCAUCUGGUUGGAGAAGAUGUUAGACAAAAUAAUUAGCAUUUUCAUCAUAUUUUUGUUAGUGAUAGGAACCCUUCUUUUAGCCCUGCUCCUGACUGCAAAGGUACAUCAAGAGAGUGUACACAUGAUUGAAGUUACGAGUAGUUUGAUUAAUGAAACACUAGCAAAUCACCCGGAGUGGGCAAACUGGCUUCCUGAGGCUCAGGUAGUCCAAAGAGCCCUCAAUUCUGCAGCUAACAACGUGUAUCAGUAUGGCCGAGAAUGGAUAACACACAAGCUUCAUAAAAUUUUAGGAGAUAAGGUGAACAAUACUGCUGUAAUUGAAAAACAAGUGUUAGAACUUUGGGACAGACUCUACCACUCUUGGUUUGUAAAGAAUGUGACACACUCCGGGAGGCACAAAGGACACAAGAUGCACAUAAGUCGUCAGAACAGCUGGCUGGGAGACAUCCUCGACUGGCAGGACAUCGCUUCCUUUGUUCACGAGAACAUCGAGACCUUUCUUUCGAUCUUAGAGUCUCUGUGGAUUGUGAUGAGCCGGAACGUGAGCCUGCUCUUCACCACGGUCACUACACUCCUGACCAUUCUCUUCUACAGUGGGACUGCCCUGCUCAACUUCGUCCUGUCUCUGAUAAUUUUCCUGACCACCCUAUUUUAUCUAUUAAGUUCCAGUGAUGAGUACUACAAGCCGGUGAAGUGGGUGAUAAGCCUGACCCCAUUAUCUCAGCCAGGUCCUUCUUCUAAUAUUAUUGGCCAGUCUGUGGAAGAAGCUAUCAGAGGGGUGUUCGAUGCUUCCCUCAAGAUGGCCGGCUUCUAUGGAUUGUACACUUGGCUGACCCACACUGUCUUUGGCAUCAAUAUUGUUUUCAUACCAAUUCAUUGGCUUGCUCUUCAUUCCAGAGGUGGCCAUCCGUACUUGACCGGUUUAGCAGUGGCUGGCGGAGCAUACUACCUAGGUCUAGAAGGAGCUAUCAUCGGGCCUAUACUUCUCUGCAUACUUGUGGUGGCUUCCAAUAUCUAUAGCGCCAUGUUGGUGAGUCCCACGAAUUCAGUGCCCACGCCAAACCAGACCCCAUGGCCUGCCCAGACUCAACGGACUUUCCGUGACAUUGCUGAAGAUCUGAAGUCUUCAGUAGACUGACGUGGACCCUGCAAAGCUUUCUCUCAGAAGGAGCUCAACCAGUGAGUUCAGCUCGGCCUUGACCUUGGGUCCCUUCAGCUGCGCCUAGCAAGCAGAGCCCUCCCGACUUCACAUAGCGAAUGACUGGACCAGAGAGAACUUGCCAAGGCCUGCUUGUGCAUCUUAAAGCACAGCGUUAGAGCUUAGAACUAUGGUUUGCUUACUUAACUGUUUCUAAGGUGGCUUGAAGAACUUCAAUUUAUAUACUGGUACCAUGACUUGGAAUUUUCCCACUUUGAUAAUCUGUAUUAUCAUGUAUAUUUAUAAAGUUAUUUUAAGAGCUCAAAAACUACUUGGUAUUAAAAGUGUAUACUAUGUACUUUUCUCCAGUUUAAGAAAACAGUUAUAAAUUUUUUCUCUGACAGUCACUUUUCAAUGAAGAGGAUUUCCGCCUUUUGAUAUGUAGCUGUGUGUUAAGCAGUCUGUAUCAUUCCCUGUUGAAGAGAGAAGGCAUCCUAGGGGUAACAUUGGUGGUGUGCUGUUGGCUGCUGCACCCAUAGGAGACACAAGCGCUGAAGCUCUUCCCCCUGUCCUGGCCCCAUGGCACCCUUGUUAGAUUUCUAGAACUUGGCUGACCACAUUGACGCACUUACUAAGCUGCUCUUAAUGGUAAAAACAUGGUAGAAUUCAUGCUAACGUGGUAAUUUUUUCUCUUGUUGGUUUUGUUUUAUUUAGUGAAAAAUCUCAGGAAUAUCAACAUUCUGUUUUUGAUACAUGUAGCCCUGUUUCAUUAGUUGUAAGUUUGCCCAUUAGUUACUUAUUAGCAGUAGAAUUUUAUAUUUAUAUUGUAUUUUUUCUCUCACCACUUAGCACAGUGCCUUGCACAUAAGACACUCUAUGAAUGAAUAUUCAAUUAAGCAACUUUUCCAAUACCCUAGAUGUUGCUAACUAGCAUAUUGUGUUACAUUUUGCUAACACCUUUCGCACAUGCUAUUUUGCAACCUUUUUACACCAACUUUUUCAUACCAUUUCACAUUGUUUCAUACUAGUUUCACCUCAAUGGGAGAGCUAAGGUUUGAGAAACUUAAGUGAGCAACUCAGCCUCAAGACACUUAGCAAGACUUGAGCUCAGUCUUUCUGAUUCUGCUCCUUGCAAACUGCUAGACUGCGCCCCUCCUCGUCAGUGCUGUGAGAUAGCAUAGCUGUUGCUCCCCAUUUGUUAGGAGAGAAUUUCAGAUGGGUCCGACAGUUAAUGAUUGGCUGGCACUAGUCUCCACCUCUUUGAUUUGCACCUGUUCCAAUGCUUAAACAAUCAUCAGAGUCUUCCUCUAUCCUAGAAAUAUGGAGGAAAGGGGUUUCCAAAGUACCAAAGAUUUUCUUUUUGGAUAAGAAAUAUCUUCUCAUCAUGUAGUAUAUUAAUCAUAAUUGGCUUAAAUGUGUUCUGCUAGUACUUAGGUAAAAUGCAUCUAGAAAAGAUGACUGAGUUCUUUUGGCUGAAACACUUUUCAGUAAUGAUUAUCUGGUAUCGUACCAUUUGUUUGAUUUGGCCACUACAUAUCUGCAUUCUGUUCUUUAUUCAGUUUAUUCAUUCAGAAAUUUGUUAAGUUUGCGCUGAAUUCUAGGCUUUGCUCCAGGCAGUAGGCGGGGACUUUAAGGAGAUGCCUCAGUGAAGGCCUUCUUUCACUUUAAAUCUCAGCCAGAUCAUGUGAAAUGCUAAAUGUAAAUUGUGUGCAUUAAUUGUUAAAAUCAGUUUUGGGUUUUGUUCACUAGGUAUUGAUAAAGGUUUAGCUAUAUUGAGCACAUAUUAGUAAGAAGCACAUUAUACACAAUGAAUUCAUCUGUGUGUGCUAAGUAUGUUACUCCACAAUGCUUUUUGUUGCAUAAAGUGCUAUUACAGAUAACCAAACUGAAGCUAACACCCAGCUGUUGGACAUGGUUAUUAAUGUGAUUAGAGCGUUUUUAGAGGGGAAAUCUGGACUGUGAGAAAGUAGUUCAGAGUUGCCAAAAUUAGCAGCAGUGAUGCAAUACCAGCCUGAAAUUACAGGAACUUUACAGCCCCAUUCAGAAACCUGAGACAAGAAGACAUCUAACCAAACCCCCAAAUCCAAAUCCACGCCUGUCAAUUCCAGUUCCUAAGGCUCGUAUGGGACAGAGUAGAAUGCCCCUUAAGGUUUCCGUGGCUGUAAUGUGUACAGAAGCAGACUGCCACAUUUUUCUCCUGCGGAGUGCUGGUGGGUUCCAAUCACCUGAGCCUUUUCUCUUAGCAGCUAAGCACUUUAGCCACUUAACAACUAGGGCUCCUUGGGAAGUCUCCCAGAGACCUCAAAAAAGGAAAGGAGCAUCCAUCCCAGCAGGCUCUGUUUCUCCCAUUUUUAAAGCCUCAAAUAGUGCAAAGAUUUUAUAGACUUUUCAUUAAGCAUAGGGACCAACUGGUGUGAAUUGAUGGAUAUCUUAAGUUCUGGUCUCAGAGGUAACAUAUCUUCAGAUGCCUGCUCAGAAUAGUCCCAGAAAAAGAAAAAGAAAGUUUCCCUGGGAACAAACCACGUGUUCAUGGAGUAGAAAUUGCUUCAGUAAAUACCAGUAGAUUAAAUUCCAUCACCAUAUCUUGUCCUUUCAUAACUUUAUUGAAGGUUGAUUUCAAGUAUCCAUUGACUGUUCACCUGUCAACUGAAUGGAAGUGGGGUGUUGGUGGUGGGGAGGGCACAGGGAGAGGUGGAGAGCAAAACUCUAUAAAAAUGUGCACAUCUAUGUCUUUUUAAGUGAUCUGUCCGACUUAAUUAUUUUGCAAAAUAGCCGGUCUUACUUAUUUUUCAAAAUAGCAAGGGUUCCCUAGUCCAUGAGAGUCAGCAGGCAGUUUUCCCUUGAGGUCUGUGCCUGGUGGGGGUUGACUCCUGAUCACGGGGGAUGGUGAGAAGUCCUUUGGAGACCUUGGGCUUACAAAACCGCUGCAGCCUUUGGAAAGAAAUGGCAGCCUUUUACACAGCGAAAGUGAGCUGGUAGUCUGCUAGCUUUGAUCUUAACACUGCCCCUUGCGACCCAUCAGGACUUUGUCGUACUGCUAAUUCCCACAUGGUUGUGUUAAUGCUUCAGGAGCAUUACAGUACUAAACAGGAAAUGCUCAGAGAUGAAAGUUUUUAAAGAAUCAAUCAAUCAAUGGGCAGAUAUAUUGGUGUGAUCUACUGAUGGUACAUUUUCAUUUUCUAGACACACACUUAAAGGAAUAACACUCAUAACAACCAGUUCACUACAGAUAGAGCAGAGGUUAGUUUGUGCCCCCUACCCCCCCAUUAGUUCAUGUUGUACCUAGUUUCCCUUUUCCCUGUGGUUGAGCAGCAUUUGCCAAAGUGUGUUUCUUAUAGCAGUAGUUCUAAGGGAUGUUAAUAGAUGUAGGAGAAAAAAAGAUGUGUGCUGGGCAGGAGACUUUAUGGUUAAUUAAAAUUGAGGAAUGCUGGAUUUGUUUUUGUAUUGAAGGACUUGUAUGUGUUUUUCACACACUGUUAUGUAUUGUGAAUUUACAAGAGGGUUUAAGGACCAUGUUUACUAGACUGACUUGACGCAGUGCCUCCCUCCUUCUGUGUCCAGAGACCCUCCUUUGGGGAACAUGGCUCUCUAGUAGAGCAACGAGACUGACCUUUAGAAGACACCCCUCAUGGCAAUACUGAAAAGUAAAUAAAUCUGUUACCAUGCUUCCCCACAACUUUAAUGAACUUUAACAAGUGCCGUGAGGUAUACUAGAGAGAAAGUAUAUUUGUAGUCCCGAGCUAUACUUAAAGUAUAGAGAUUGUUUUCCACCUAUGGUGUGUACAUCAGUAUUGGUUUAGUUUUGCAAGUUUUUAAGGACCCCCAUCAGUGUGCAGAUACAGUGAUGACCUGUGGAUAUUACACUUUUAAUACUGCUUUUGAAUGGUACUUUAUCGUUUUCAGAUUUUUUGCAUUAUAGCACUCGGAGGCAGGUGUUAAGCAUUAUCCUUGCUGCACUGAGACACUGGAGGUUUUGAAACUUGUGAUUACCCCUCACCUUAAGUUUAUACCAUAAAAGGAUGGAGCCAGAAUCCAGUUACGGGAGUUCUGAUUCCAGGUCCGGAAUUCUUUCUUCCGCACCUGGUUUCUUAGUUUCUUUCUCUAGCUUUCAAUUGUGUACCAGGAGAUGUGGAGGCGAGUCUUAGAGUAAUAGCAUUUUGGCUUACUGUAGGGUACCAUUUCUUUUCUAUUGCAAGAAAGUAUUGCUUUCCUUGAACUUAACCCAAAGAAAACCCUCCCUUUGCCCCUGUUUAGAUGACUAGAGUGUUCUUGAAAAUAGUUUUGGAUUUUGAAAUCCAGAUUGGGUGCAUUUACUUUUAAUUGUUAUGUAACCUUUUGAAAAUGUAUCAACUUGGCACUCGGGCAAAGUGGACAUGGUUCGAAAGUAAAAGGAAUAUUCAAAUAUAACAGUAUUCUUUAUUUUCACAUAAUUGCUGUUUCUUAGCUUUAAUUAACCUGCUUUGACAACCUACUGAUGUAAACUUCUUUGUAAAUUAAAAUAUUUAUAUUUUGAAAUAAAAUGAAUAGUGUUGACUGAA